AUGCCCUGCGGAAAUAUCUCCAAUUUUAUAUCCCGAACACGCAACAGAUUCCUCGAAACUCUUGGCUUAACAGGCAAACCAGCCCCAAAAGAACUCGUAAUUAGCUCCCCAUUCGAUUUCCAACAUGGCCCCGCAAUGAGCUUCCCUGGCUACAGCCAAGACGAUAUUUCCCUUUUGAAAGAGAAAGCCUUGGCUUCAGCUGCCAUGAACCCAAACGCCAAAUCCCCAACUACAAAUGUUUCAACCCCGACGCUCGAUGAUCUGGAAUUCGACUUUGCCUCAAGACCGCCGUCGAGGCCGCGCUCGCGAGCCGAGUCUGCCCGGUGUGGGUUAGGGAGGAGGGUGGUUUUUCAUGCUCGAAAGGUUAGUAGGGGAGUUUUGGUUUAG